AUGCAGCGAACCCAAGUUCCCGGCAAGGCCUUUACGACGUUCAUCGAGGAAGUGGCCCUGGAAGCUCACACGACAGAAGAGGAAAAAGUUGGCCCUCUUCUAAUAGAGAUAGCCGAGGACGUGCACCAGUUCCUCACCGGAAAAGACAGUCUGGAAUCCGGGCCAUACGAGCGCCAGUGCGGCGAGCGCGUCAACUGCCUAUCUCACUUGAUUCGUCACAAAACAAUGCACUCGAGCGACCCAAGUCCGGACGUCUGUUCGGAGUGCGGCAAGUCCUACGCGAGAAAAGACUACCUCAAGGUGCACCUGCUCACCCACGCGACAGAGCGGCGGUACGCGUGUGCGGAAUGCGGCAGGAGGUUUGCUGACUCGAGUAACGCUAAACAUCACUACCACUUCGUGCACGGCAAGCAGCACCCGCUCUCGUGUCCGCAUUGCGGCAAAGGUUUCGCGAGUCGGCGUGACCUACGGCGGCACGUGCUCGUGAGACACGAUGGCCAAGAAGAUUGA